UCGCAGUCCUCCCCGAGGACAAAACCCCUGCGCGCUGCCGCAGGUAUCUCACUGCUCGACUCGGACCGAUUUGAAGGGAUGGCAAGCUCCGACAGACCGACCGCCGCAAUUUCUCACGUCUACAGAGGAACAUUCAUCCACUCUACCCAAGAAACUGCGGUGCAGAUCCUGGAAAAUGCGCUCCUGGGAGUGGAUACGGAUGGAAAGAUUGCUUUUGUUGAGAAAGGAGAGGACCUCGACAGACUGUCUUCAAUGUUUGGAUUCAGUCCAUCUGAAGUCACUCAACUGACACAACAUGAGUUCUUCAUGCCAGGAAUGGUGGACACCCACAUCCAUGCAUCCCAGUACAGCUACGCUGGCACCGCCCUGGACAUGCCAUUACUAAAGUGGCUCAAUACCUACACCUUUCCUGUAGAGUAUCACUUCAAAGAUCUGGAGUUUGCCAACAAGGUCUACACUCAAGUAGUGAAAAGAACCCUGAGAAACGGAACGACCACUGCAUGUUACUUUGCUACCAUACAUACAGAUGCCUCUCUCCUGCUGGGCCAGAUUGCAAAUGAUUUUGGACAGCGUGCCUUGGUGGGUAAGGUGUGUAUGGACAGGAACAACGCUGUGAAACAUUACAAGGAGACCAUUCAGGAGUCUCAAGAGGAAACAUGUCGGUUCAUUGCAGAGCUCUUGAACAAAAAGUAUCCCCUAGUGAAGCCAGUAGUGACUCCCCGCUUUGCUCCAUCCUGCACAGGAGCCUUGCUAGGACAGCUGGGAGCAAUCGCUAAGAAUAACCACCUGCACAUUCAGAGUCAUAUUAGUGAGAAUGUCGAGGAAGUGAAGCUUGUGAAGGAGCUGUUUCCUGAUUCAGAGUCUUACGCUGACGUCUAUCACAAAUACAACCUGCUCACCGACAAAACAGUGAUGGCCCAUGGCUGCUACCUCAGUGAUAAAGAGCUGGAUCUGUUCAGAGAGACAGGAGCCUCUUUGUCUCACUGCCCCAAUUCCAACAUUUCGUUGUGCAGUGGAAUGUUAGACGUCCGCAACGUCCUGAACCACAAAGUGAAGUUGGGGCUGGGAACAGAUGUGGCUGGGGGCUAUUCUGCCUCAAUGCUGGAUGCUGUGAGGAGAGCUUUGGACUCGUCCAAAGUCUUGACCAUCCAGAACCCAGACUAUGACACACUCAACUUCGAGGAGGUGUUCAGGCUGGCUACACUGGGAGGCAGCCAAGCCUUGUCCCUGGAUGACCAAAUAGGGAAUUUUGAAGUUGGCAAAGACUUUGAUGCCCUGAGGGUGAAUGUAGCUGCUCCUGGUGCACCUAUUGACGUGUUCCAGUGUGAAGAACCAAAGAUCCUGUUGGAAAGGUUCUUGAAUUUGGGUGAUGAUCGUAACAUAGUGGAGGUGUUUGUGGCUGGGAGGAAGGUGGCACCAUUCACAGAGCCAACAGAGUAAACACACCUCCAUCUAUCUCACAGCUUAAAAUACACGUAUAUCUCAAAGAUACAAUAUAGGCAGCAAAAGAAUGAUCAGCUGGAAAAGCCAUAUGGCUGCAUGAACUGGAUUAUUAUACCACUGAAGACAAAUAGGAAAUUAAGUAUCUUGAUAAAUAUUUUAGUGUUUUUCCAGAGUUUAGAAUGGUGACAUGCUAUUUAUAAGCUUCAAUGUGGAUCAUACAAAAUUGUGUUCAGCUGAGUUCAUAUUCAGUCGGUUCCUUAAGUCUCAAAGAUAAUUAGUGAGCGUUUAAACAAUGUAUUUUAACAAGAGACUUAUGUGCGGUGAAUGUUGGACUUUUUCUGUUAGUUAUUUUAGAUAGUUAGCUAGUUGCUAGUGGUUUUUGCAUACUGAAAUAUAUUUGUGCACCAUCUGAUAAAUAAAACUCUUUUUUAUGUUCUUUUUGUUUAUGUGCACACUGUUGAAGGCUUUUUUUGUUUUAUUUACUUAAACGUCUUAGUUAAACUUACUAAAACUAACAAAGAUACAAGUACUGGUGAUGGUGGCCUCUAUAGCGUGUUCAAGACAACAUAUUUUCUAUUGCAAGUUGAGGUCACUUUGUGUUGCCUCAAGAAAUGUAAUCAUUUUUUUUUUCAUUGUCCAUGAAGUAAAUUAACGUACUAGCACAGGACUAGUGAUAUUAAAGCUGCUCGGUCCUCAGUCUAGCUGCGGUGCCUGAUCUGAUUACUUACAGUAGCUCAAUGAUCCCAUUUUCAUGCUUUUUUAGGUAGGAAAUACUUUAUAAUCAGAAGACUGAGAUUGACUUGAGUUAUAAUCACAACUCUGUACACUCCAUUCAAAUGCAUCAACUCAAGUGUUAAAUGUGACAAAAACUGACUUUGACUAUGACUUUGUUAUUUGAUUUUUUUUUUACCGUACAGUCUGCUUCAGAUUGCAGCACUCACUGUGGUGAAACUGUGGACUCAUUCCAGUUGUAGGUCUGUUCUGGGUAUAAAUUGACAUUUAGCUGUACUAACAUGUGUCUGAUUUACCUCAAAAUCCACGUCCUGGUUUGACUCAGUGAAAAGUGAAGUUAAUGUGGUGCCUUAUUAUAAGAAUCAUUUAUUAGUUUUGUCAGUGAAAAUUCUCAGUCAUUAAGGUCAUUGUUAUCCAGGAAAAGUUUUAAGUGAGGGCAUUUGGACUUGGUUGUAGAUACUGGGGAGACCCAGGUGUCUCUGGGGUUGUUUGUAACAUUUGGUUUGUCAGUGCUCCUGCCUGUGCUAAUGGCAGUCGUUAGAGAAGUGGGAGUCACCUGAGGCCAAGUGUACAAGGUUGUUAAAUCUCCUGGGAAGGGAUGCUGUAUUAUAUGUGGGGGAUAAAUGGGGUCAUAGACAUCUUCUGUUGAGGGGUGGUUUCUCUAACUUUGACAUAAUGGCUUCCUUCACUUCUCUUUGAAACUGUUGUCAUCGAAGGAGUGUCCCUUUUCCUUCAGGAGUAGGUAGUCCUGACCUUCUGUGCUGAGCCAGGAAUUUGUUUAAUGCCUGUUUAAUUUCACUGAUGUAUAGAUCUGUGCAUUCCUCACUGCAUUGGGCUGAAUUCAUCAGAUUGCUUUUCUGGGUGUAUGUUCUCUUGGAUGUACCAGUUCAUGUCUUAGUGUGUAGCAGGGCUUGAAAAACACAGGGAUGCGGUGCUUGUUGAAUAUCCCUCUCAGAUGCUCCAGACAUGAAAAUGGCUGCAAAUUCCAGGAAAGACAUCAACACCGAGGGUUGUAAAGAAAAGAAGAACAAACACAACAACACUGUCAUCUGAUACAUGUCUGGACUAUUUGACAAGCACUGCAUCCCUGUGUUUUUCAAACCCUGCAACACACUGAGACACCAACUCCAGUUGCCCUCGAUUCAACUUCUCUUGGAGUCACUAGUUAAUACUAAGUAAAAAAAUAAUACUGACCUUAGAUCUACUCAGCAAUUACAAUUCAAAUGGUUUUACUGCUCAGAUGUUUGAUUUUAAGGACCAAAAUGUCUUUAGAUUACCAUUUGUCUUAUAAUUGUUAGGAAAUGAAGGGAAAUGAAAUGGGCUGAUUGCUGAAUAUGUAUUUGUCUUGAUAAACAAGGAUGUAUUUAAGACAAUUUUUUUUUUUUUACUGUAAUACAUCUUUUUUUUAUCACAAAACUCUAUAUCACCAAAUGUUAUAUGUUAAAGAAACUCUUUGAUGUGUCACAUCAUUAGAGAUUGAAAUAAAGAAUUUCACCAUG